AUGCCUGUGGUGCGGGACACCUACAAUGGCCGCACAGUUCUUGAGGGGAUGCUACUGCCUCAGGGCCUGGAGGGUGCAGACAUGGAGCACGUAGCGCUCAUGGAGUUUCCCGAUGCUGGGUCCGCCGAGGCUUUUCUUCAUCUGCCGGAGAUGACAGACCUUCAGAAGGCCACAGUAGAGAUGUUCGAGACGAUGCAGCUGCAGCCAAGGCGCACUUGGGAGCUGCGCUGGGCUGCGCUGAAACUGCUUGCCAGGCGACGGCUGGGCCGGGAACCUCCGCCACAGCUGCGGAGCUUCAGCAAGGGCUGGAACCGCCUCCUUGCGCAGCAGGUUGCGCAACAGCCUGCCGCCUCGCUGGCUGCGUUGCACUUCAUCUCGCUCGGAAGCAUGGACUUUAGCCGAGCUCGGCAAGCCGCUGCCGAGGCGCUCUGCGAGGUUUGGCGCUGUGGUGGGCGUCUCCAGUACAUCGCCAGCAAUGAGCGAGAGGCCGGCUGUGUGGAGCUCCUGGUCACGCGCUGGCGCUCGCCUGGGCAGCUUUUGCGCUACCUCCGCACACAGGCCUUGGAUGCAGAUGUGGGUGAGGAUGAGUUGGCCAGCGCCGCCAUUGAGCACAUUCUGAUUUGCCCACAGCCUUUCUGA